UUUAUUUUUCUCACUCUUGCUCCCAGUCCCAUAAUGCUUUUGUAGUAGCUGCUGUUAGUGUUUCUCUGUUUGACUGUCGAUUUUUAGAGUUCCAGGGUAAUUUAGAAUGGAUUCCACGACUCUUCACGAGGAGAUCAACUCAUUCUUUGAGUCAGCUCCUCCGCUCAAAGAUUCUGUUAAAAUUGCCGACAAAUUGAAUCAAUUCGUCCAGUUCGAUUCUCCAUCUUCAGAAGGAAAAGGGAGGAGGGUUGUGUGCGUGACAUCAGGAGGAACUACGGUUCCUCUGGAGCAGCGGUGUGUUCGGUAUAUUGAUAAUUUUAGUUCAGGGAAUAGAGGAGCGGCUUCUACAGAGUAUUUUAUUAAGGCUGGAUACAAGGUCAUAUUUUUGUAUAGGAGGGGAACCUGCCAGCCAUAUUGCAGGUCUCUUCCAGAGGAUCCUUUGCUGGAAUGUUUUGAGCUCGCUGAUGAUUCCGAUUUUCAAGUGCGGCAAUCACAUUCUGAAGCAGUGAAGGGGGCUAUUAGGAACAAUCAUGCUGCGGUAGCUGGUGGUCUCCUUUUGAAGAUACCCUUUACAACCAUAUUCGAGUAUCUUCAGAUGUUAAGAAUGAUUGCAUCAUCAAUGAGAAGCCUCGAGCGUCAUGCAAUGUUUUAUCUUGCUGCUGCCGUCUCUGACUUUUACGUUCCUUGGAAGAGCAUGGCAGAGCACAAGAUUCAGUCAGCAUCUGGCCCUUUAGACAUGCGACUUAUGCAAGUCCCGAAGAUGCUCUCGGUGCUGAGGACGGAAUGGACUCCCAUGGCUUUCUGCAUAUCCUUCAAGCUCGAGACGGAUUCAAAAAUUCUCCUAGAGAAGGCCAAUAUGGCUCUUAAAAAGUACAAAAUGCAUUCAGUUGUAGCCAACGAGUUAUUGACCAGGAAAGAGGAGGUCACGGUGGUCACAGAAAACGGAAAUAUUUCAGUUCUCCGGGAUAAGACUCGACCGGGGUCUGACGUGGAGGAUCCGCUGAUUGAACUCCUUGUGAAGAACCACUCAACAUACAUCGAAGAUGGUAGCACAUGAUGUGUAGGUAAGCAGGACUAUCCCCUGAUACAACAUAGCACACUUUUAUCCUUUGGAAUUCUCCUUUAUGUAGUUUUUCUUUACUGUUACAAAGCCUGUAACAAAUUGUUUCAAUUUCGGUCACUGUUCCUAAGUUUGUAAACGAUUGUUAUAACCGGACAACUGAUUAUCCGGCUAGUUCGUAGGAAAAAAAAAACAGGUCGGGUCACAGGGUAUUCGAGAUUAUUUAUGUAUUUUUCAAAUCGAUUUACUUUUUAGAUUGAGUUUUGAUCCACCUA